GACGUCAGAGAUAUUCACCACUUUCUAUAAUUCGUAAAUAAGUUGAUUAUAUUUUAAUUUUAUAGUUUUAAGGUGAUCAAGGUGACGUUAAGACUAAAAAAUGUUCGCUGGAUUAAAGCAAAUUGCUAAGGCUAAUCAAAUCUGCCGCUUUCGAUUUUAUUCAACUCGGAAAAUUCCUUCAAUUAAACCAAUAAAUAAAGUUCUCAUAGCUAAUCGUGGAGAAAUCGCUGUAAGAGUGAUGAGAACAUGUAAAAAUCUUGGAAUUAGGACAAUUGCUGUAUUCUCAGAUGCUGAUGCCAAAGCUCUUCAUGUAUCAUUAGCAGAUGAAGCUCAUCACAUUGGACCAGCACUUUCACAAAAGUCUUAUCUUUGUGGAGAGAAAAUCAUUGAGGUUGCAAAGAAGACUGGCGCUCAAGCAAUUCAUCCAGGCUAUGGUUUUUUAUCAGAAAGCGUUGAAUUUUCUGAUUUGUGUCAGAAGGAAAAUGUAAUAUUUAUUGGACCACCGGCAAGUGCAAUCCGCGAUAUGGGAAUCAAAAGCACUUCGAAAAGUAUUAUGAAUGCGGCUGGUGUUCCAUGUAUUGGUGGAUAUCAUGGUGAUGACCAAAGUGAUGAGAAACUUAUCGCUGAAGCUGAAAUAAUUGGAUUUCCAUUGAUGAUUAAAGCUGUUAGAGGUGGUGGGGGAAAAGGCAUGAGAAUUGCAAAUGAUCCAAGUGAAUUCCUUCCCCAACUCAAUAGUGCAAGAACAGAAUCAGAAAAAGCAUUUGGCGAUAGUUCAAUGUUACUCGAAAAAUAUGUUCAAUCACCACGACAUGUAGAAGUUCAAGUAUUUGCUGACAUGUAUGGAAAUGCAGUUUACCUUUGGGAAAGAGAUUGUUCCGUUCAACGAAGACAUCAAAAGAUUAUAGAAGAAGCUCCAGCACCAGGAAUUUCAGAAUCACUUAGAAGAGAACUUGGUGAAGCAGCUGUGAGAGCUGCAAAGGCUGUCAACUAUGUUGGAGCUGGAACUGUCGAAUUCAUUCUUGAUAAAAACGAUUUGUCGUUCCAUUUCAUGGAAAUGAAUACAAGAUUACAAGUUGAACAUCCAAUUACGGAGAUGAUAACGGGAGUUGAUUUAGUUGAUUGGCAAAUUCGAAUUGCUGGUGGAGAACCUUUGCCCGUCACUCAAGAACAAAUUACAAGAAACGGUCACGCAUUCGAAGCUCGAAUUUAUGCUGAAAAUCCUCGAAAUAAUUUCUUACCUGGUGCUGGGCCACUUGAACAUUUAACUACGCCUCAAGCUAAUGAAUUUGUAAGAGUCGAGACGGGAGUUAAAGAAGGAGAUGAAGUGACUGUUCAUUAUGACCCAAUGAUUGCUAAAUUGGUAGUUUGGGGACGUGAUAGAACUCAAGCAUUAAACAGUUUAAUCUUCAGAUUAUCUAAUUAUCAUAUAACGGGUCUUGACACCAAUGUCAACUUUUUAAUUAACUUAGCUCGUCAUGACUACUUUCAAAAAGGCGAUGUUCACACUGGUUUCAUCGAUCAGCAUUUUGAAAGUCUCUUUCCACCAACUACAGUUUCAAAUGAAGUCUUGGUACAAGCUGCAAUUGGAUUGAUUGUCAACGAGAAUAAUUCUGCUUCACAGAAUACUUUACGAGCUAAUCAGUUGAAUGAUCCAUUUGCUAUGAAUUUAGGUUUUCGUAUCAACUCGAAUGAAACGAGAAGCGUAAAAUUCGACAGUGAAGGAAAAGAAGAAAAUAUUUCUUUGACACAAACUAAUGAUGGAUUCAAAGUGAAGGUUAACGAUGGUGAAUGGAGAAAUGUUAAUGUCAAAGUUUUGAAAGAUGAUUCUCGAUACACUUUGAAGUUAAGCAUGGAUGGAUCGGUUUCUAAUUUUUCUGUUGUUGUAACACCAGAAAUUGUCACGAUUUUUAAUCAGGAUGGGAAAACCGAUUUGCAAAUUGUUCAAUCAAAAUUCUUGAUGUCAGAAAGUGACGGUCUUGUUAACAAAUCAAGUUUGUCAGCACCAAUGCCUGGAAUUAUUGAUAGAAUUUUCGUCAAUGUUGGCGAUGAAGUUCAACCAGGUCAAAGUAUUGCAGUUAUAAUAGCAAUGAAGAUGGAAUAUGUCCUGAAGGCGACUAUAGGUGGAAAAGUUAAAUCAAUUGCUGGAAAAGUUGGAGAUAACAUCGGUAAAGGUGUUACACUUGUCGAAAUCGAUUAAAUUCUUUAGUCACAAUGACAUGACAUAAUAUCAUCAGUUUUACUAAUGUGCAUUUAUUAGAUAUUAAGUGUGAAGUCUUCCAAAGGAAAUUUUGUAAUCUUUUAUUUUCGAAUUUACUUUAAUAGUUUCAAUAAAAUGUUUAACGGUUAA